AUGGCCCAAUCCCUUCCCGACAAAUUCGACGACCUCCCAGACAAGCGCCGCUACUGGCCAGGCCACCCCGGCUCAGCAGAAGAAGGCCUGGGCAUGCUACGCAUCCUGACUCCUGAAAUAGUCGCCGACGCAGCUCGGACCCAGAUCCAGACUGGCGAGCGCGUGUGUCUGAACUGGGAUAUCGAGAAUUUGACUCCACCAGGCUUUGGUCGCAAGCCAUUUGAACACAUUAUCAAAUGGGUCGCUCCGGGCGUGGCCUUCGACGAUGAAUACCACUUCAACCCGCAGCAAGGCUCGCAAUGGGAUGGCCUUCGCCACCAUAAUGCACCUGCGCCGACACCCGAGGACCCUGAACGGAGGCUAUUCUAUGGUGGUACGACCGCGUCAGAGAUCAUUGACUCGGGCUCUCCACGCAUCGGUAUCGGGUUCUGGGCGAAGAAAGGCAUUGCUGGUCGUGGUGUCUUGAUCGACUAUGUUUCCUACGCUGAAAAGAAAGGAAUCCCCACCAAUGCAUUGACUCGCCAGACGGUAACUCUAGACGAGGUGCUGGAGAUUGCGCGCGAGUGCAACAUCACCUUCCAAAAAGGUGACAUCUUCUUCCUGCGCAUCGGUCUUCCGGGAACAUGGGCCGCGAUGUCAAAGUCUCAGCGAGAGGAGUAUAGCGCACAGGAAAUGCCGCAGCAUAUGGGCAUUGAGCAGAGUGAGCGGGUGCUGCGCUUUAUGUGGGACAACCAUUUUGCGGCGGUUGCAUCUGAUGCGGUCAGCUUUGAGGUAUUCCCGGCGAAAGAUCCUGAGUUUGAUUUACAUCAUCAUCUCCUGGCGGGUUGGGGUGUCCCUAUUGGUGAGAUGUUUGAUCUGGAGGAGUUGGCUGCUACGUGUAAGCGGCUUGGACGCUGGAGUUUCUUUAUCUCUAGUAGUCCAUUGAACUGUGCGAGGGGUGUCUCCAGCCCACCUAACUGUAUGGCAAUCUUCUAG